AGUGUGGUGAGAGCAGGCUGCUAGCCGAUUGGUUGGCACUAAUCUACGUUAAGGUCUAGGUCACUAAUAUGGGCCGUGAGAAAAUAUGAACAAGCCUGAGUAAACAACCAAUCAGAAGCCUGCGUUGUCUACCUAAACAACCAAUCAGAUGACUGCGCUUGUCUAUAAUAAUGUUGUCUGAAAUAUGUAUAAAUACGUGUUGAUUUUCAUAAUAAAACGAUCUGUUGCCUGGCCCUUGUCUUCUGUUGUUACAUUUGGUGUCGCUGCCUACCGACAAAUGAAAAGCCUAUACCCUGCAGCUUUUGAUGGAGACAUAUGGAUCUUCGGGCAGGACUUCAAGGCUUCUGCGCAGUUGAGUGGCGUUCAAGAUCUGUCAGCGAUGGAGUUGCUACUUGAGACGCUGCUGGGAGGUCGGGCGAAAGCAGCAUAUGAAGGUGUGGGCCGAAGUAUGGACGAAUGUUCGACAGGGUCAGGCAAACAGUUUCCAAAGUGGGAAGGACCAUAUGGUCACUUCGAGAUGGGGUUACGCAGACACAGUCGCAAUGGCGAACAAUGAGAGGCGCGUGAACGUCAACGAGCUCCAGAAAUGGAUACAGCGAGACAAGCCAACGAUGACGCCUGCACCAAGUAGAUCAAGCCGACUUCAGUCGCACGUAUUUGACGGGGGACGAGUGUGGUGAGAGCAGGCCGUGAGAAAAUAUGAGCAAGGCUGAUUUAACAACCAAUCACAGCAAAGUUAACGUGGCAAAAUACGAUUCGCAGAUAGAGAACUCUAUUUGUCGAGGAAUCCCGAAACAACCAAUCAGAAGCCUGCGUUUGUCUGCCUAACUUCUGAUAAACAACCAAUCAGAUGACUGC